AAGAUAGGUGACACAGUCACAUGGUUCAGAAUUCUAGAGGUACAAAAAGGGGUUUAUAUCCCUGAAAGUAACCCCUCAUUUUCUCUGUUAUUCCACAAGUUUUUGCACAGCUGAAACCUCAGGAUUUGAAAAGUGAAAAAGUAGCUUUUUCCAGAGCUUAAGCGUGUGAUGCUAGCCUGUUGGAUAAAAUAUGAACUCCUUAAUCUGAUGUUCCAGGCCCUUUGUAACUGAUCCCAAGUUAGUUUUCCAGUUGGACAUUAGAAUGCUACAUACACUGUGACUAUUAACUUGAGUUUAUGAAGGCCAAGUUACAUUAAUAAGUACUUAUUCAAAUCCACUUCUUUGGGUGACUUAAGCAAGCUUUUCUCUACUGCUUUAAUGGAAUGAAUUAGAGGAACAUCUGCCUUGAUAUAAAGAACAUACUUUUGAAAUACAUUAAAAAAUAAUAAUAAUUGAAAAUAAGCUUGGUGUGUUUUAAGAGUAUCUGGAAGGUGGGUGUGUCUGCAGCACAGUAGAACAAGGUGUAAAAUGGUAACAGGUGAGGUUUGAGUAGGUAGGGGUUAGGUCACAUAUGGUGUUGAGGUCACGGUAAGGCUUUUGGAUUUUUAGUGUGAUAGGAAGCCAUUGGAGAGGUUUGAGUGGGAAAGUAUAUGAUUUACAUUUUUAAAAGAUUAUUCUGGAUACUUUGUGAAAUGUGAACUGUUCUGAGUAAAAAUAGAAGCUAAGAUGCUGUUGUAGUAGUCCAAGUAGCAGAGGUCAUGGUGGAGGUGGUGAGAAAUGAUUGGCUGUAUGUUGGUAACACAUACACAUGCUCCUACCACACUUUAUUGAGGUAUAACUUACACUUUUACAUAAAUAAGAUGCAUCCAUUUAAAGUAUAUAGUGCAAUAAGUUUUGACAACAGUAUAAACCCAUGUGACUAGAAAUAGAUUUCUUGAAGGUGUAGUUGACAGGAGUUAAUGAUGGAUUAGAUAUGUAAAGUGAGAGAUCGUUAAUGACUAGGGUUUUGGCCUGAGCAACCAGGUGAAUGUAAUACUAAUUACAGGAAUGGGGAACACCCGGGAGGAGAAAGUUUGUUGUGAAGGAGAAAUCAAGAAUUGGUUUUGCUUUCUUAAAGCUUGGGACAUCCAGCUGGAGAUUUUAAUUAGGCAGUUAAUUUAAGAAUCUUGAGCUCAGGGGAGAGAAGAGGUCAGCGUCUCAUAGUUUACAGAUAGAAUUUAUAACUAAAAGGCUAUAGGCAAUUUUCUGUGGUGCUCAUAGAGAUUAAGAGAACUGAGGUCUGAGCCUUGGGACAUUUCAACAUAUAGAGGAGGGGAGGAAGAGGAAGAACCAGCAAAGGAGACUGAAAACAAUCAGUAAUGAGGCAACCAGAUAAACUGGUGGUAGUUUGGACAAGAAGAAGCCGAAGGAAGUCUUCCAAGGCUCAUAGCUGGCAGCCUGGAAUAAAAAAUCCUUACCGUGGUGUUGUUGUAUGGCCUGUUCCUGAAAACAUUGAAAUCACUGUGACACUUUUUAAGGAUCCUCAUGCAGAGGAAUUUGAAGAUAAAGAGUGGACAUUUGUCAUAGAAAAUGAAUCCCCUUCUGGUCGAAGAAAAGCUCUUGCCACCACCAGCAUCAACAUGAAACAGUAUGCAAGCCCAAUGCCAACGCAGACUGAUGUCAAAUUAAAAUUCAAGCCAUUGUCUAAAAAAGUUGUAUCUGCUACUCUUCAGUUUUCAUUAUCUUGCAUUUUCCUUCGGGAAGGAAAAGCCACGGAUGAAGACAUGCAAAGUUUGGCUAGUUUGAUGAGUAUGAAGCAAGCUGACAUUGGCAAUCUAGAUGACUUUGAGGAAGAUAAUGAAGAUGAUGAUGAGAACCGAGUGAACCAAGAGGAAAAGGCAGCAAAAAUUACUGAAAUUGUAAACCAAUUGAAUGCUCUGAGCAGCUUAGAUGAAGAUCAAGAUGACUGCAUAAAGCAAGCAAAUAUGCCUUCAGCUAAAUCAGCCAGUUCCUCUGAAGAGCUUAUCAACAAACUUAACUUUUUGGAUGAAGCAGAAAAGGACUUGGCCACUGUGAAUUUAAAUCCGUUUGGUGAUCCUGAUGUAGCAGAAUUAAACCCGUUUGGAGAUCCUGAUUCAGAAGAACAAAUCACUGAAACAAUUUCACCUAAAAAACCAGAAGAAUCCUUUUAUAGUAAUAGCUAUAAUCCCUUUAAAGAGGUACAGACUCCACAGUAUUUGAACCCAUUUGAUGAGCCAGAAACCUUUGUAACUGUAAAGGAUUCUCCACCCCAGUCUGCAAAAAGAAAAAAUAUAAGACCAGUGGACAUGAGCAAGUAUCUCUAUGCUGAUAGCUCUAAAACUGAAGAAGAAGAGUUGGAUGAAUCAAAUCCUUUUUAUGAACCUAAACCGACUCCUCCUCCAAACAAUUUGCUAAGUCCAGUUCAAGAACUGGAAACUGAAAGGAGAGUAAAAAGAAAAGCCCCAGCCCCACCAGCCAUCUCACCAAAGACAGGAGGAGUAAAUGAAAACACAGGUGUUUCUGCAGGAAGAGAUCUCUCCACUUCUCCUAAGCCGAGUCCUAUACCAAGUCCUGUUUUGGGACGAAAGCCGAAUGCUAGUCAGUCGUUACUUGUUUGGUGCAAAGAAGUUACAAAAAACUAUCGGGGAGUGAAAAUCACCAAUUUUACUACAUCGUGGAGGAAUGGUUUAUCUUUUUGUGCAAUAUUACACCACUUUAGACCAGAUUUAAUUGACUACAAGUCUCUGAAUCCUCAAGACAUUAAAGAGAACAACAAAAAGGCAUAUGAUGGGUUUGCCAGCAUUGGAAUUUCGCGACUACUGGAACCUUCUGAUAUGGUUUUAUUAGCAAUUCCUGAUAAACUGACUGUUAUGACCUAUCUCUAUCAAAUAAGGGCACAUUUCAGUGGCCAAGAACUGAAUGUUGUUCAAAUAGAAGAAAACAGCAGUAAAAGCACGUAUAAAGUUGGAAACUAUGAAACAGAUACAAAUAGUUCUGUUGACCAGGAGAAAUUUUAUGCAGAGCUUAGUGACCUGAAACGGGAGCCUUCACUGCAGCAGCCUCCCAGUGGAGCGGUCGACUUCACAUCCCAGGACGACUCUGUAUUUGUAAAUGAUAGUGGGGUUGGAGAGUCAGAAAGUGAACAUCAGACUCCUGAUGAUCACCUCAGUCCAAACACAGCUUCUCCGCACUGUCGCAGGACUAAAAGUGACACAGAACCCCAGAAGUCCCAGCAGAGCUCGGGAAGGACUUCAGGAUCCGAUGACCCUGGAAUAUGUUACAAUACAGAUUCAAACCACGCACAAGUUUCGUUAGGCAAGAAGAGACUAUUGAAAACAGAGACUUUAGAAUUAAGUGACUUAUAUGUCAGUGAUAAGAAGAAAGAUGUGUCUCCACCCUUUAUUUGCGAGGAGACAGAUGAGCAAAAGCUUCAGAAUCUAGACAUCAGUGGUACUUUGGAGCAAGAAAAAUUAGAUAAUUCCAGACCCGUAGAAUGCAGAUCAGAUCCUGAAUCACCUGUCAAAAAACCAAGUUUAUCUCCCACUCCUAAGCUUGGAUACCUGUACAAUAGAGAUGCAGACCUUGCAAAGAAAAAACGUACUUCCCUGAGGCAGACAGAGUCUGAUUCAGAUGCUGAUAGACCCACCUUAAAUCAUGCAGAUCAUUCUGCAAAAACAGUCCAGCAUCGAAUGUUAUCCAGGCAAGAAGAACUCAAAGAAAGAGCAAGAGUUCUACUUGAGCAAGCAAGAAGAGAUGCAGCUUUAAAGGCAGGGAAUAAGCAGCAUACCAACGCAGCCACACCACUCUGCAACAGGCAGCUAAGUGAUCAGCAAGAUGAAGAGCGACGUCGGCAGCUGAGAGAGAGAGCUCGUCAGCUAAUAGCAGAAGCUCGAUCUGGAGUGAAGAUGUCAGAACUUCCCAGCUAUGGUGAAAUGGCUGCAGAAAAGUUGAAAGAAAGGUCAAAGGCAUCUGGAGAUGAAAAUGAUAAUGUUGAGAUAAAUACUAACGAGGAGAUUCCUGAAGGCUUUGUUGUAGGAGGUGGAGAUGAACUUACUAACUUAGAAAGUGACCUUGAUACUCCCGAACAAGACACUAAGUUGGCAGACUUGAAGCUGAAGAAACUCCUGGACACUCAGCCACAGGUGGCAAAUUCACUUUCCAGCACUGCUCAGAAAGCUGUUAAUGAAAGUUCAGAGCAAGACAUUAAGAAUGGCACAGAGGAUCUCAGGACUGAGCGAUUACAAAAAGCAACAGAACGGUUUAGAAAUCCUGUUGUGUUCAGCAAGGAUGCUACAGUCAGAAAGACUCAACUUCAGUCUUUCAGUCAAUAUGUUGAGAACAGACCAGAGAUGAAAAGGCAGAGAUCAAUACAGGAAGAUACAAAGAAAGGAAAUGAGGAGAAGGCAGCGAUAACUGAAACUCAGAGGAAGCCAUCAGAAGAUGAAGUGCUUAAUAAAGGGUUCAAAGACACCAGUCAGUAUGUUGUAGGAGAAUUGGCAGCACUAGAGAAUGAGCAAAAGCAAAUUGACACCCGUGCCGCGCUGGUGGAGAAGCGCCUUCGCUAUCUCAUGGACACAGGAAGGAACACAGAAGAAGAAGAAGCUAUGAUGCAGGAGUGGUUUAUGUUAGUUAAUAAGAAAAAUGCCUUAAUAAGAAGAAUGAACCAGCUCUCUCUCCUGGAAAAAGAACAUGAUUUAGAACGAAGGUAUGAGCUGCUGAAUCGGGAAUUGCGGGCAAUGCUAGCCAUUGAAGACUGGCAGAAGACCGAGGCCCAGAAGCGACGCGAGCAACUCCUCCUGGAUGAACUGGUGGCCCUAGUGGACAAGCGCGACGCGCUCGUCAGGGACUUGGACGCGCAGGAGAAGCAGGCCGAAGAAGAAGAUGAACAUUUGGAGCGAACUCUGGAACAAAACAAAGGCAAGAUGGCCAAGAAAGAAGAGAAAUGUGUCCUUCAGUAGAAACCGGACCAGAAUCCUGACCAACAUUUUAUUAGCCUUGGGUUCCCCAGACCAUAAAAAAAAAAUUCAUUCUCGUUGAUUUAAAACUUUUAACAUUUUGUUUGACUGGAUUGUACUUCUUUACCACCACCACCCCUUUUCCUCCCUCCUUUCCAGAUUUUGUACAGAACUCCAAAAUAGCUUUGUUUAAGGGUUUUUUUGGUGUGAAUUAAUCAUUUCCUUGAAAUCAUGUGAAGUAGAUUUGCACAGACAUCUUGUGAGUGAUUGGUAUUGGGAGUGUUCAAGAAACUGUUCAAAGAAAGAAAACUCUUCCCUCAUUAUUUUCCCUCAUUUUUUGAUGGAGGAACAUUUUAAAACAUUUUUGUUGUUGUUGUUGUUGUUAAUAGCAUAAUGAGGGGUGGGAGGGGGCUUAAGAGGGAGGGAUAAAGAAAAUGUCAUAAAUGAUUUUUUUCCAGUCCUGCCAUAUGUAACACUGAGUCUGUUACCUAAAUUUUAUAGUUAGAUCAUAUUCAAUUUACUUAUUAAACUGUGUUCUGUUUACCAGUGGGAUUUUCUGCAGUUGUUUUACAUUUCACUGUAAAGAUAAUAAGAGUACUUCUCCUCUGCUUUCUUCAGAGGGUGGCCUUUUAACGUAGCCUGAGACAAGUCCUGUGAUUUGAAGGUGAGCAGUAAGAAUGGGACUAAUUGACAUGCAUCAGUUUACAAAGAUAGUCUUAUCAUCUGAGAAUGCACCAUCUUUUUCUCUGGAUAAUUAUUUAUUACAUCUAGCUUGGUUCCCACAUUUUGUUGGGUCUCAAAAUUGGCUCAAGAAUGCUGUUAUUAUUUAUUCUGUAUUGAUAAAAUCUGUCUUGCCAUUAUUGAGUAAAUCCAAUUAAUAUUUUCUUCUCUAGCAUAGCACUGUCAUUUUUUGUGAAAAUGGUUAUCUGUUUAUUUAUUACAAUACUGAGUCAUAUAUAAAUUUUCAAUAAAAGCAGAAACUUUCUUACCUUAAA